AGAGUGAGGCAGAUAUAUGUCGAGUGGCAGAGGGAGCAGGGUGACGAUCGACACCCUGAGAGAAGAUAGAGACGGGAGGAAGACAGAAGAAAGUGAGCGAGAGGACGAGGCAGAGAGAGAGUGAGGGAACGAGGGAGGAAAGCAGCGCUCAGAGAAAGGAGAGAGAAAGAGAGAGGAGGCUGCAGGAGCAUACAGAUGAGAGUGGGAGUACUUGAUGAAGAGAAAUCUACAGCACAGGCAGCUCUCGCUCUUUCUCUCUCUUACGCACACACAAACCCGCGCGCACACACAUGCUCAGGGGAGCAGGGAGCAAGCGCAACAGCUGAAAAAGAAAGGGGCCACUGUGCUGUGCGCGACAAACAUAGUCAGUCGCUUUAGCUUGCGGAUCUAUACCUCCAGUCUCAUCCAGCCCUCAUCUCUGGCAGGAUUUUACCCCCAGAACAGAAGCUUUUUCUGUGGAUAUAACUUCAGCCUUCACUCCUUCUCAUCCUCCCCCAGGCUGGAUUCAGAGCAAGCAUCAUCUGGAUGCCUUGACCUAACCUUUACCUGCUUGCACCCGUGCAUGCUGACCUCCUCCAUCAUCACCAUGCCUCUAGCCUAGCCCACCCCCUCCUUUUCUUCUUCCUUCUUUAUUUACCUUUUCCCCCUCUACACGCCCUCCUUUCAUUCUCCUCCUCCUGCUGCCUUGCCAAAAGACUCCUCAAAAGCAUGGCGGGCUCUUUUGACAGCCACUUUGCCCGCCAUAACAUGAUGUGGCAGUGCCAGUUGUCUCAGCCGGAUUGCCGCUGCUACCGUGUGGAUGGCUACUCCCUACUGAAGCGUUUGCCCCUCCACCCCCUCAUAGGUCCUCGCUGCCCACUGCAGUCCGUGGGCCAGUGGCUCGACUCCAUCGGUCUGGUCCAGUACGAGAACCACCUGCUGGCCAAUGGAUUUGACAAUGUUCAGUUCAUGGGCAGCAAUGUGGUGGAGGACCAGGACCUGCUGGAGAUUGGGAUUCUCAACUCGGCCCACAGACAACGUCUCCUACAGGCCAUCCGGCUGCUGCCCAGGGUGCGACCUGUUGGUUAUGAUGGCAACAACCCCACGUCAGUGGCAGAGUGGCUAGAGUCGUUGGAGCUUGGCGACUACACCAAGGCUUUCCUCAUCAACGGUUACACAUCCAUGGAACUGGUCAAGAAGAUCUGGGAGAUCGAGCUCAUCAAUGUAUUGAAGAUCAAUCUUAUCGGACACAGAAAACGGAUCUUGGCCUCAUUGGGGGAUCGGCUACACGAAGAUACCCCACAAAAGCCUCCACGGGCCAUCUCACUAAGGGAGCCUGGUGGGAACCACACUCCUCCCCAACUCAGCCCAUCUGUGGGCCAGGCAGCGUACACGACAGGGAUCCCAGGUGGAUCUCUGGACGUGCAGCACCUCAUCAUGCAGGCGGAUGCCCGGCGCAGGCAGCGCAGCAACGACAACUACUUCGAUGACGUGCCGCGAUCCAAGCUGGAGCGACAGAUGGCUCAAGUCAGCAUGGCAGGCGAGUGGUGCGAACCAAUCACUUUGCGUCCACCAAAUGAGGCAACCUCGUCCACUCCGGUGCAGUAUUGGCAGCAUCACCCCGAGAAGCUCAUCUUUCAGUCCUGCGACUAUGAAGCCUAUUACCUGGGCUCCAUGCUGGUGAAGGAGCUGAGAGGGACGGAGUCCACACAAGACGCCUGCGCCAAAAUGAGGAAGUCGACAGAACAGAUGAAGAAGGUGCCGACCAUCAUACUCUCUGUGUCCUACAAAGGAGUAAAGUUCAUCGAUGCCACAAAUAAGAACAUCAUUGCAGAGCAUGAGAUUCGUAACAUCUCAUGUGCAGCUCAGGAUCCAGAGGAUCUGUCUACAUUUGCCUACAUCACCAAAGACCUCAAGUCCAGUCACCACUACUGCCAUGUCUUCACUGCUUUUGAUGUGGUCAGUACUGGCAGUGGAGCUGUGCAUUUACAGACAAAUAUCAUAUUCAUUAAACUUAGCGGCCACGGUUCAUCCACCUUGCCCGAGAGCUUUGACGGCAAGACCAACAAACCCAUCCCCAAACCCCGCAUCAACAUCCGCAAAUCUAUGGAGCAGCCAGACCAGAAAGGCCACGCCAACGUGCCGUGGAUUGUGGAGCCCGGUCAGGAGGCGAAGAGAGGAGUCAACACCAAGUACGAGACCACUAUUUUCUAACAUACACCUGCCUUGUCCACUCCUGUGUGUGUGUGUGUGCCUUUCAGAGGUUGCCCUGUACUGGGGCCCUGCCCCGGAGUUGGGCACGAGCGACCGUGUCGCCUCACCGGCUGAAAACUAAAAACAAAACAUCCCGCCCCGCCCCCCGUUAGCCAAGCCUGUCUGCUGCAUGAUGACAUUUGGCGCUGCUCUCUCUCUCCUUCCCUCUUUUGUUUCCGCCGUCCCGGGUCCCAUCUUCCUGCCUGCGGGGCUGGCGCAUGACCUUUGAACCCUGGGCUGCAGUGCACCUCUGUCUCCACCUGUAGGGGAACAGGCAGCUUAGUUUAUUCACUUCCUGUUUGUCAGCCAGCCAGCAGACAACUAAUUUGUUAUUCUGCCUCCCCCUGCCCCCUUGUGUUGACGGGUGUAACCAUUUGGCUGUGUCUCUCUCCUCCAGCUGCCUCCAUCGCUCAGUAUUCUCUACACUUCAGCCCCUCUGUCCAACUGCCCCACCAGCUUCAAUGUAAUUUGAAACCAGAAAAUUACGAAGUGCAUUACUUUUACUGAAGAAAAAAAAAUUGGAGGAUCUGAUUUUGGAAUUAUGACUGUCUCCUAAUUAUGAGAUAAUGCAGGGAUUGGAAUGGUGCAGAACCUGUCUGAGAAUCAUCAGGUUUUAAAGAAUUCUUAAGUAAUUCAGUGACAGUUGUCAGUACAUACAAUAGUACACAACUAAAGUGAACUCUAGUGUAAUUAUUGUAGCACAACAGAGCCCAAGCUUUUAACAUUUAAUGCAACUGUUUCCAAAAAACACUGAUAUUUAAAGCUCAUAAUCAUUAUGUAGAUAAGCUAUAUAGGAUCUAGACAGUUAAAUCAGGUAGCCUGUAAUGCCUCCGUCUUCUCAAAUAAUGUUUACUGAUAACCACUGUAAAAGGUUUUACUAAAUCCUGAUCUUGUAAUUAUGAGAAAACAUUUAACAGUACAUGUUAAUAAGCAUCACUUGUGUGAAUAGAUAUAAACUGACAAGAAACGAAGUAUAAGCUACACUGUUCCAUUGAUGCAGUGUGUUAAUGGGUGCCAUUCGUAGCAAAUAUUUGUUUAUGCUUUGGAUCAGUAAGUACAGCAACUUAACUAGCAGCAGUAAAUUUUUGGUAUGUGUUAAUAUUUUUGGCUGUAUUAACAGAAUUACAAGAAUACUGAAGGAAAAACUUAAACCCAGCACUUCUCAAGCAGGUUCGGAAUGCUUUCAAACUGCUCAGUACAUGUACAUAUAUAUUGAGUUACAGUGUCACCUGCAACAUGGGCUCCUUUGUUUAGCCAAUAUGUGUUUACAAUUUGGAACACCAAGUACGCUGAAUUAGCAGUUCACUUUUGCUCAUACUUGUACCAUCAGUGAAUUACUUCAAUACUAAAGAAUUCUUUCAAACGAUUUUCAGGCAAGUUCUGCAGCAUUCCAAGCCUUGCAUUAUCUCACAGUUAGGCAAAAGUUAGUUGGAAUUGCAAGAAAAUCGUCCAAUUAGUUUUUUCUUUGGCUAAUGCUGUGUGCUUUGCAGAAAACUGCUAAUAGCUGUAACAGUGUUUUAGCUGUCUGUUGAGCUCAGCAUGGGGCGCUGACAUUAAGGAGGGAUAAUGUCUGACAUGGCAAAUGGAGGAAGUUCAGAUUUUUUUAAACAUUUUUUUAAUCAAAGAGGAGAGUUGAUGUAGCACAUUCUAAUUUGGACAAACUGGUUCAUCCAGCAGGCUACUAGAAUGUAAACUUUUUGAUUCUUUAUAUCAGAUUAUUUUUUUGAAAAUACUAACUGUAAACUUGACCUGUGACACAGGAGGAUGUAGGUGAUAUUUUGCUUCUGUAGGACCUUUUUCAGCACGUGCGUGUGUAUAUUUUCAGAAUUAUUUUAAUCACUUGGAUUUUUCCUUGGCCGUGAUCAAUAUUUUAUUUGGGGAAAGAAGUUCUUGUGUGUAAAGGUUUAGCAUGUGGCCUGUGAGACGCAUGGUGGCCAUUUUGGAUUUGCUGAGCAGGGGGGCCGGUGGAGAGGCGGGGUGUGAGGGCUAUCUCGAUAAGUGAUGUCAUCUCAUUUGCAGGGCAAUGCCGGACGCUCAUGUCUAUUACUGUGGAAUGCAAAGAAUGUAGCCAGCCCUAAACACGGACCUUGUCACACAUACAAUGCAAACGGACUACAAAGGACUGCAAACAUGGAUGCCACUUCAGUGUUUAAGGUUGACUACAGAAAUAUUUAUCCACAUGAUGCUUGACACAGUAAACACUGAACCAACAGACAGUGACAUACACUAACAGGACUGCAUCUCGACAGACGGUCUGCUCUGAAUGUACACUUAUUUGAAAGCAGCCUCAACUUUCUGCAACGACAGCAAGACCUGUUUUAUGCGCCAAACGGGGACACAUGACCUUUGAACUUGGGAGGUUACAGGGCAUCUGUUGGUAAAAGACACCAGAGGGCGUCUGGCUGGCUCUUUGGUCUUUUUAAAGGAUAACUGGGUUUUUUGAACCUGCUGCAUUUCCCCUAAAAGUGCAUAUGGUGACUACGGCUCGUGCUAAGUUUGUUACCACUGCCUCGAUUUUUGGGGAGAUGAGAACUUUCGUUAAAAUGUCAUCACCGGGGCAACCAGUUAGCCUCCAAGAAGCUCCAGAACAAACAUAAUUUCAGUCAAAUCAUUUCUCAUGCUUAUCUCCGAGUCAGAAAGAAAGCACAUAUAAAAUAUAACCAUCAAGGGUGGCCAUUACUGCUACCUGCAUAGGACGAUCACCAGUCAGCCAGCAAGUUGACCCAGAUAUAUAUUCCUAUGCAGUUAUAGCUUGGUUGCCCCAGUGACACCUUUUAACACAACUUUUCAUUUCUCUAAAUGUCUACAAUGGUAGUGAUAGCAAAAUGAUCAGCUCUAGAGUCACCAAACCCACUUUUAGGUGAAAUGCAGCAGGUUCAAAAAAACCAAAGUCAUCCUUUAAAUAAAGAAAAAACAGAAUAUAUGCACAAGCGCAUAAAUGUGACUGGACUAGCUGUAACACUUCAGAUGCAACAACUGUGUCUUGGAUGGUGAACCUAUGUGAAGAAACCUGCAUCUGACAUUAAAAAAAAAAAAGUAUUCUAUAAGUAUUGCCCGACAUUUUAAUGUUUAAUAUGAGAGUAUUAUUACAUGAUGAUUAUUCUUGUGCAACUCUUGCCUACUGUUGUCUUAAUGUUAUAUUAUUUUUAUAUGAUAUGCUGAGAUGAAACCUUGGGCUUGAGAAUAAUGUCCAUCCUUUAAAAGAAUCUAGAUGAUCAUACUUGUACGCAGAGUGAAUGUUGCAGGUGGCUAGCUAACUCUUGUCAGGUCAACCCUCCAUCAUUUCUCAUGGGGCUCUACUCUUAUCUAGCAGAUGUACUAUUUUAAACGCAGUAUUACUGUAUUUGGAUGACACAUCAUCCAGUUAUAAAAUGUACAUAGAUAUUUUGCCAACUCAUUGUUCAUACAUGUAAAAGAAUAAAGCAUUUACAUGGCACUCAAAUCAAGGUACCAAAAUAAAGGUUGGAUAUUUAACAACAGCUGGUAGAUUGUGAGAUGUAUUUUGAGUGAAAUGGAUUAUAUGGUGACAUCAAUGCUGACCAACUAAUGUACAUAGGCUUGGGCUUCCAGCACACUGAUUUUUGUAAUUUUGGCCAUUAUUUAUAUCCUUGUAAAGCACAUGGAAUAAAAUACGACUUCUACAACCAUUAUUUAUCCUCAAGAUAGUUUUCUUUUCUUUUCUCAACUACAUAGAGAUGUUUUACAAAAUCUGAAAGGAUAAUUGGUUACAACUUGUCCUGUUUGCUGUAGUUUAUUUGUUCUGAUAAAGUUGUACUUGCCAAAGUAAUUGGAGAAUUGUGGGAACACAUCAGUACAAACGAGACCAGAAAACACUGGUCAGACAAUUAGACCAGUUCUCAACAAACCUAAAGUUUAACUAACCAAGGGCUGCCACUUUAUUUAUUUAUACGUUUUUUUUUGGAAAAAUAAAUAAAUAGAUAAAAAUCACAUUUGAACUGACAUGAAAUUCGUUUGAAUUCAAAUGCAAGAAAAAGAAAGCUUACAUGAUGUAUUUAGAAUGUGUAGCCAACAUUUGGACCCACCGGACUUCUUCAGGGCAAUGUAGAACAGUCAGGCGAGGCUGUAGAACGGCUGCUGCUCCAAUGGUCUGUGAUAACAUUAACUUUGGUAGCAGGAUUGCAGCUGAGUUUGUAAACCAUUUACUGCGACACAGCUCUGGUGUUAUCAUUGUCCGAUCAGCGCGACUUUGCUCGCUACUCUCCUGCAUUUUGUCCUUGUAAACAAUGUUACUAGCUUACUAUACUGAGAGGUCAACAAGACGUAACUCGUCAUGCUGACAGCAAAUGUUAGGUACGUCCUCUAUUGGACCUCAAGGCAAAUUACAUCAAAUGGCCUGGUGCGCUUAUUGACAUAGUGUACAUUGUUGCACUCGAGCAUGUCAUUACUGUCCAAAUUGUGUUUUUACCACAUUCAAACAAAUGUUUCUAAUAAAGUGACAGCCCUACUAAUUCUUAUUAUUCUUCAGUUAAUUGUUUAGUCUACAAAAUGUCAAAUAUCUUUUUCCUCCAUUUUUGGGUGAAAAAAGUUAUUUGACAUUGUCACUCAGAAUCUCGGUAUUUUGUAGAGUAAACAAUUAAUAGACAAAGAUUAUAAUCCGUUGCAGCCCUUGGUUGGCUAAACUUUACCAACCAAAACAUUCAGGUUAUAAAAAUAUAUAACAGAGAAAAGCAGAAAUCUAUAAAUUGUUUAGAAGCAGAAAACUAUUUUGUCAUUUCAAAAUAGUUGGUAAUUAAGUAAGUAGGAAGUCUAAAAACUGAUGGUCAUACUGAGGCUUUAUACCCGUCUGUGUGUCUUAUGACACUGCUGCAUCCCCACAUGUCAACAAUUAAUUUGGUGUGUACAAUCACUGCUGAUACAACCAAAAGUCUAAUUAAACGUUAUUAACCAGA